ACGAGGAGUAGGAGGAGGUUAGUCAUACAAGAAGAAGAAGAAGAAGAAGAAGAAGAAGAAGAAGACUUCUGACAAGCAAUGGCGAAGAAGCUUCCGAGCAAGAAUGACGACGAGAUCGUUACACAUCCGCAUGUCCUUGGAGUAGGAGUAGGAGAAGGAGGAGGAGGAGGAGGAAGAGGAGGAAGAGGAGGAAGAGGAGGGAGAGGAGGAAGAGGAGGAAGUGGAGGAAGAGGAGGAAGAAGAAUUAUAGCAACGGCAAGAGGGCAUUUGUCAUCGGGAAGAAGUCUCAAGCGACGAGCUGACGGCACAACAGCAGCAAAUCACGUGGAGGCGGCCGAGGUCGGAAACGUUAAGGCGCUUGUGAAAUUCUCGAGAGAACGAAACUUCGACGUUGAUCAGAAGGACCGAUAUGGGAGGACGGCGCUGAUGUGGGCUGCGGACUGCGGUCAUCUCCAGGUUGCUGAGAUGUUGCUCAAAUUGAGCGCAUCCGUCGAUGUCGCGGAUGUGCACACUGGAAGGACAGCACUCCACUGGGCGGCAAGAACAGGGAGUUUGCCGAUUGUCAAACUGCUUGUUGCAUGCGGCGCAAACUUCAAGAAGGAGGAUAAGUUCGGGUUGAACCCGUUGUACUUGGCUUUACAGAGGGGAAAGGAUGGCGAAGAUGCGUUUAAGUUCCUGCUGUCGGAGGGGGCUCCGUACAACGAAAAUCGAUUCGUGGAUUUCAAAGCAAUCGAGGCGGCAGCUGCCGAGGCAAUGAAGGAAGCAGCGCGUGAAGCCGAGAGAGCUGAAGCAGAGAAAGCUGCAGCGGCAGCGGCAGCGGCAUUGCCACCAGAGAAUGUAGCAGCGUCAACAGAUAAGCUGUCUACCUCACGAGGUCUCCCGACAACAUGGGAGGAGGCGGCAGUCCCUGAGACACCAAGAGGUAUUUCUAGUCCCACGGCAAGCUUAAGUGCCUCUUCCGCAGCGAUGCCCUUUCGCAAUCCUGAGACGUUUUUUUCGGAAAGAGAACACAGCGCUCGUGCAUCUGGGCUGGUGAUCAACGGGAUGCCGAACCCUCUUUUCGAAGCCAACGCAGAUCAACCGACCGCUGCAUCGGCACAGCAGGCGCCGGGCCUGGCAAGGGCGCAGGCUCGGUUCUUGGAAAGGGCAGCAACUCGGGAAGCGCAAGCCGCGGGAAUCGCGGCAGGCCGUCUUGAGGAUGCAAACAGUGUCAACAGACUUGGAGGUGCUGCUGACCUGAGGGAGACGCGGUUGAGAAAUGUGAAUGCCGCCCACGGUCCCGACUUCCUCGGCGGGCGAGGUGGUGGUGGUGGUGGCGGGGGGCCGGGGCAGUUGUAUCCGGUGGCAGAGCCCGGAAAGAGACGAUUCUCAUCGUUUCUGAAGGCCGACCCUAAAGCGAGGGCGGGGUUGGUCAUUCCCGUGCCUCCCAUGUCAUUGGACGCACCAGGACUCAGGGGCAGCCAGACUCGGCUCACACAGCACACUCCCGUCACCACUACGCAUGCUCUUAGACCGCCGAGGACAGACAGUUAUAAUGUAUUGGCUACCCCCCGGACGGAGAAACCUACCCCCUCCACAACAAUCCCACCCCUGUUGAAAGACACAAGCAAGGACACGAUGAAGAUCAAGAUACAAGCAUCACUGCAAACUGGGGUUCCCCAACGAAAAUCCCUGGAAGUGUUUCUUAAAGGCAUCAAAGAUCCAGUUACCUCGAGGGCGUCGUCUGGAUCACCGCUGCCAAGGCCGCCUUCUUCUGGGUCACCCAUGCCGAGCGCCGUCGACGAGAUGGGCAGUCCCCGCAGACGGUCAAAAGAUACCGCCCGGGCAUGGACUUUCAACUAGCUCUCUCUCCGAUUCUCCAUAGCUUUACUCAUUCAGUUAUUAUUAACUUGUUAUUAGUUAUUAAGUUAUUAACUUAUAUAAGGUUUACUCCUUUUUCUUUCUUUUUUCCUUUUUUCCUUUUUUGCUUAACAUUGCUCAUUGUGACUGAUGUGUUUUUUUUCCUUCUUUUUCCGUGAAGGGAGUAGUUUGGAUUCCAAAUUCCAAUCCAGUUCGCGCGAGCAUGACUAUAUAUCUAUCUGAUUUGAGCAGGAUUCCUUCUUUUUUUUUUUAACAAAUUAAAAAUAUCAAA